AUGGCUGGCGCCAGCCUGCUAUACCUUCGGCAGGGCAUCGACGCCUGCGCGCGCGACCCCCGGCUGGCGCCGGUGGUCAACCCAAGCGCGGUGCUGCUUGCCGGCCACUCGCGCGGCGCCAAGAUUAGCGUGCUCGCGGCAGAGCAGGAGCCCCGCGUCAAGGGCCUCGCCCUGCUGGACCCCGUUGACUCAUCCUCCAUGGGCCCCCAGGGCCCCGGCUUCCCCUCCGCCCUCCCCGCCCUCCGCGCGGCCGCGUCCCGCCGCCGCCUGCCCGUGCUGGUGGUGGGCGCGGGCGCCAACGGCGACGUGAUCGAGCCGGCGGCGAACUGGGACAAUUUUGUGCGCGCGGCGGCGGGCGGGGGCGCGCCGACGCUGGAGGUCGUGCUGACGAGCUGCGGGCACCUGCAGUUCCUGGACAAGCAGAUGGGCCUCUUCUCCCUCUUCUCUGGUUCGGGAGAGACCCGCGACGAAGACGUGCGCCUCGCCUCACAAUCCGCCAUCGCCGCCUGGUCCCAGCUCGCCUUCCUGCCAGCCGCCGGCCUCGCGCCGCCGCCGCCGCCGGGCGCCACUGAGGGAGCGCUCGCGCGCGAGGCCGCGGAGCUCUCGCGGGUCGCGCCGGCGCGGUGCCAGUGGUUCAACCUGGGGGCCCUGCCCGGCGGCGCGGGCGCCGGCACGGCAGGCGGCGGCGGGCAGCGGCAGCAGGCGCCACAGCAGCAGCAGCAGCAGCAGCAGCAGCAGCAGCAGCAGCAGCAGCAGCAGCAGCAGCAGCAGCAGCAAGGCCGGGCUCAGAUGCUUGAGCUUACCUUCGACCAGCUCAUGGCGAUGAGGGCGAAAGACCUGAAGGGCAUUCUCUUGGACAGGGGCGUGGACAGCAGCGGCGUGUUUGAAAAGGAGGAGCUCGCGCGGCGCGUUUAUGAGCGGUGCUGCCGCCGCUGA